UAUAUAUGGUAACACUUUAGUAUACGGUCCAAUUCUCACUAAUAACUAGUUGCUUAUUAGCAUGCCUAUUGUUAACAUUUUGUUAGUUUAUAUAGUGCAGUCAAACUUUAUAUAGUGCAGUCAAAAUCAAAUUAUUGGCCUACUUGUUAAAAUAGUUAGAUUUCACGUUCCAUUUUAAGUUUUUUGGCCCCAUCUUCUAUAUAUAUAAUCAGUGCAGAUUGACACAGUCAAAUUUCACACGCUCCGUUUAAAGACUUGUGUUUCCGUCCAUCUUCCAUCGUAUGUCAGAUGAAACUAUGGUAUUCAUUUACACAGACACAACAUGCAGACUUGUUAGUAACAUACACUGACUGGUUGUUGCUUUUAUUUAUGCUGUUUACUGUUAGAACAAUUCAUAAAGAGUAAAAAUGUCCCAAGUUUAUAAUUGUUAUUGACAGUUUUACUGCGAUUUCAAUAUAUUGAUUUUCACCCAGCCCUAGGCCAAUUAGAGCAAAUUUGCAGCAAAACUUCAUCCACCACUGGAUGCCUUCAUUGAGGCAGUUGGAUGGACUAUAAAAGAGCAUAACUUUUCACUUCUUCUUGUAUUCAAUGCAUAUUCAGUGUGAAAAUGAAGUUGUGCAGCGUCAGGAAAUGAGGCUUUAUAACCUUAUAUGCCAUCGUCAAAGGCCUUUCUUGUAAUAUGUAUAGCUUCUGUCAUGAGUAACUUUUUUUUUCAGCAAUUCUAACACCCCAGCCCCAGAUAAAAAUAAAAAAACACCAACAAACCCCUUCUCUAUUUUCUAUGACUCGGAGUCUAUAGAGGUCACACUUCUUGAUAUUUUUUUCUCACAUUUUGCAGUAGAUGUUUCAUCCAGUUGACUUAUUUGCAAGUCAGACUGCCAACAAGGGCCAAACUGGGAACAUGAUGGGACCUCUGCUACUUCAUUUGCUUUUACAAGGUGUUCUACAGUAUGAUGCUGUGGGAUGGGAAGUGAGAAUCCCAAAGGAAAUUCACGGUCUCAGAGGUUCCUGUCUGGUCAUACCAUGUUCUUUCAGCUACACAUCAUACCCACCCAAAGACCCACAUAGAGUUGUGUGGUAUCAGUGGGUCUCUAGAGGUUAUCCUUUAGUUUACGAUCCUUUGCAUGCAAACAAUGUCAUUGAUAAAUUCAAAGGUAAAACUGAUUUAUAUAGAAAAUCAGGUGAAUGCAGUCUGCUGAUUACCAGACUGGAACAGUCCCACCAUGGAGAGAAAAUAUAUGCAUGGAUUGACCCUGAAAAUGUUGGAUGGCGCACCUACGCAUUUUAUGAUGUCACCUCUACAGUUCUCGUUGAUGCAAGUCCACAGCAGCCCAGCAUCAGUAUUUAUGGAGGUGAGAGAAUGGGUGACGCCAUCACAGUAGGAUGUUCAACUUUCCACACGUGUCCAUACAGCAAACCAGCGAUCACUCUGAAUGGUGUAGAAGGAUCUUAUCAAACAAAGGAUGAACCUAUUAAAAACGGCCUGUGGAAAAGAACUCUGACACGCACAGGUGUGAUAAGGGCAGAAAGCUUGACUAUUAUGUGUUCAGUAACACAUUAUGGUGGCAUAAAAGCGACAGCUACAGAGGUCAAAAGGUCAAAAUGUUUUCAUAAUGAAAUAACGAUUGAGCCUGAACUGGCAGAUGUCACAGAGGGUGUCGCAAGGAGCUUCACUUGUAACGUCCAUCAUUCCUGCCAGAAAGAGAAUCCAACCAUCACAUGGAACUAUAAGAACAUGCAAGUCACAAAGGGGAACAGAAACAAUCAGAACAGCUAUUCCAUCAUAACCUUUCUGGGUGCAAAAGAAGAUCAUGGGAAGAAAUUGAUUUGCACUGCAAAAUUUUCUGGAGGAGACGUUUCAGCUUCUGUUGUUUUACGUGUACAACAGUAUAAGAAACCAGUCCAGAUCCUGAAUGAAACUCAUUUCCACUAUGAGGCAGAUGUGAUUCCCAAUAUCACUGCACUGCCUCAUUCAUGUGUGGUAAUACCGUGUAGUUUCAAGAUGGAGGAAUAUGUCACUCGUCUUCGGGUUCUUUGGGUCACUGAUGGAGGUGGCUACAUGUUCCACACGGAUCCAGUCGAUGUCUUGAAUAACUUCAAAGGCCGCACAAGACUCCUCGGAAACCCGGAUGAACAUAACUGUACCGUGGAGAUGGAUAAUGUGCAAACUCAUGACAACGGGCCGUUCUGCUUCCGGGCAGAAAAAGGAAACAGGAAAUACAGCUUCAACAACAGCUGUGUGUCCAUUAUUAUGCAGGAAUCUCUCGACAAACCUGUGAUGUCAUCCCUCCCUGAAGACAUCGAGCCCAAGACACGCAUCGCUGUCAAAUGCUCAGUCAACCACACAUGUUCCUCUCACCCUCCCCAAAUCACCUGGAGUGUCCCAACAGCCCGAGAAACUAUCAGCCACCGUCACAUGGGUGGAGGCGUCUGGGAAACAGUGUCCGCUGUGACCUUUAUUCCAACUGGAUAUGAAGAGAAAGAUGAAAUUGUCUGCACUGCCAACUUUUGGGGCGGUAUAACACAGGAAAACACUGGCUUCCUGAAUAUUAGAAGAGUUCAGGGGCUUAGAUUGGAGACUAUUGGGUCUAGUAUCAUUGCUCCCACACUUGUGUUCGUUCUCAUUUGUGUACUUGUGGGAGUCUUCAUAUAUAAAAUGCGACACAGACAGCUUCAUCCAGAUAUGCAAGGGUCACAAUCUGAACGGAGGAGGUCGGUUUGGAACAGAUUAUCAAGUCGUUUAAGAACGUCUGACAGAAGCGAUAGAAGGUACACUGGAGAUGCUACUCGAAGACAUAUGAGGCUUGAACAAAGAACAAACAACAUUUGUACGGUGUCAGGAAACAAGCCUUUCUCCAAACCUCUUAUGCCGUCACCAAAGAGUGAGCCAAAAUCCUCAGGUUAUGAUUAUGGGGCUGUUUACUCCAACAUGGAAGAUCUCAACGUGUAUGGAAAUAUCUGAUGAUAAUGAACAACACAAAGUUCAACAAAGUUUUUUUUUUUUUUAAUGCUCAAAAUAAUAUUAAUCAGACUAUGCUUUCAAAUGUAAUCACUCUUUUUGACUCUGUAGCUUGUGUUGACUUAACUGAUUUUAUUAAUGUUGUUGUCUCUGUUCUACUCUGCCAUUUAUCAACACUUUCCAGCAUUUUUGUGAAAAAAUAACUAUAAAUAUAAACAUUCCAUCCUAUAUAGCAUCUUGAUGAUUUAUCAGCUCAUUAUACUUACCAAUAUCAUUCUGCAUGUUAAGUUUAUAAAAUAUGCUGCAUGUUGUGAAACAAAUUUGCACCAAUGUAUAAAAUUCUUACACUGUUAGUAUUGACAGAAAUCUGCAUGAACAUAAUGUGAUUAAACCAAAUGUUUUUAGAAAUAAUAAUAUUUGUUACCAUGAUUGUAAAAGGAAACAAGUAUAACCCCAUCAGGCAAAAUAGCAGCUCCAGAAUGAAUGAAAAGUAGAAAGGCUAGUGAGAACAAAAUUAGAAACAGGUUUGCAACCUAAUCAGGAAUGACAACAAAUCGGGGACAAAUGAAACAGGAACGAAACAUGAGAAACUGAAGGAUGUCAAACGUGCUGAAGUGCUUAAGAAGAAGACUGAAGGGGUGAGAAAAAUAGAGUAUAAAUGAAUAUGGAAAGCAGCAGUAUCCACCCUGUUCCAAAAGAGUGUGUUUUUAAUUAAGGGUGGCACUUCCUGUUUACAGGACUUCCAUAAAAAAAAUUACUGAAACAAAUAAUUACAAACCAGUCCCAGUGCUCACUGGGAGACUAUUGGUCUUUACAUCGUAACACUAUCACUUGUGUUCCUUCUGGUUUGUAUACUUGUUGGAGUCAUCAUAUACAUGAAGCGACGAAGGUAACACUUUGUGCAUGUUUUGUUAGGCCAGGCACUCCUAAACUUUUAUUUUAUUUUAUUUUUAUUUUUUUCAGCUGAACCCCUUAGAGGUAAAAUAUUAAAUAUUUGUUUUAUAUUUAUUUCU